AUGUAUUCAUCGGACUCGGACUCCCCAGCUGUCUGUGACGAGGAUGAAGAGGGAAAACUUUAUCAAUUGGUUUUUGAAUUGGGCACUAGUAAUAACGAGGAUGAGGGAAAGGAGGAGGUUCAAAUCCCAUCCAGCUCUGAGAACUCACCUGAGUAUCAGGAAACUGAUGAUGAAAGGAUGUAUGCAACAUGGGAAAAUAGGGUACCAAAGAUACCCUUUAAAGUCCUUGGCUGUUACACUUGUCACGUUUGUGAGUUGUCUGUUUCAGGCAGCUCUAAUCCUGUUGAAUGUUCAUCGGUUGAUAAUACAUAUGGACAUGACACUGAUGCAUUGGACAAUAACCAAGCAGUCCCAGUACGGAGGGAAAAGCCAUGGAGGAAACCUGGUGCUGACAUCACAGAUUACUUUAACUAUGGUUUUGAUGAAGAAAGCUGGAACACCUACUGCAAGAAACACGCCAAAGCCAGAGCAGCAAUUAAAAAAAUGUACACUAAAAUCAAGCACUGCAUCAAAAUGUUGCAUGAAUGUGAUGUCGAGUGUUCAUCAUGUGACCUGAUCAGCAGAGAGUCAAGAGCUACCCUUGAUGUGAUUGGAAGACGACCUGGAUCCAGAGGCAGAGUGGAAGGGCGCCAAUGUCUCAGUGAUGAAGAAAACAUUUCUCAGGUGAUUACUGAGAUGUCAUCCGAGGAGGAUUUAUCCACUUCUCAUCAUCUGCCCUCUACAUCCAACUUCAGUUCUCCCUUUGCAUAUAUCCCUCCACCACCUUUCCUUUACCGACCAGGAACCCCUGCUUCUUCCUCCGCUUUUGCUUCUUCGAACAGUCAACACUCUAAAGGCUUUGAUGAACCCUCAACUUCACAGCGCAGGUCAUCAUCAGGUGCAUCAUCCUUAAUCCCAAGAGGUAUGGCCUCCAACGCUGGAGUGAUUAACACUGCCAAGGCUUGGGAACGCUACAUAUGGCAGGAAAAGUGUGACACGGCCAGAGACAGAUCCAGAGACGGAGAGCACAGCUGUGAUGAAGACAGUCAUAGAGGCAGAGACAGAGACAGAGACAGGGAGAGGCGUUCUUCUACACACAGCGGGGAGGAGCGAACAAGGCGCAGGGACACAACGGAGCGAGGGCACAAACACCACAGUUUGGCCAGAUCCAGUGGAGAGAAAAAAGACAAACGGCACAGAGAGAGGAGGCACGGAGAUAACAACGAAGGAGGGUAAAAAUCAUCACUCAGCAGAAAGGAAAGGAAGAAUGGUGGUGAGGAAGGAGAGAGUCAGAGUAGAAAGAAAAGGAAAAGGGCCAGGAAAAAGAGGAAGGAAAAGGAGACCAACAAGAUGUCCUCUGCUAACCAAGAGAGGAAAUUAAAGUCUGACUGA